GCGUUUGACGAGGCAUCUAAGGCUUUCGCCCUAAUAAUCGUUAUCAUCGUGACCGAAUCCUAGCGGCUCGCUGGCUCAAUAAAUUUACAAGCGAGUGACCGGACCAGCAAACGGGAUGCAAUAGGAAUCGGAGAUGACUGGGAACCUGACAAGAACUGCUGCCGCCAUGUGGACCGAUGCCCUCGUAACUGUCACGCCGACGUGUCGCAAACGUGUGCUGAAAGGGAGAAACCCAGGUCUUCGAACUUCCUCCGGAAUCGGCACCGUUUCGGCAUGCGUUUAAAAGCCGAAGGCAAUGCCGUCCAACAGGCAAUUUGCGUCGCAGCUCACAAUGACCGCACUGACCGUAGCUAGUUUUACCUUGCUGGUUGUCCUGCACUUCGGCUCGGCAUCUGAGCAGCAGCCGGAGUUAAACAAGUGCUCUGCGUUUGCAGAUUAUGGGCAUACUGGAGAAGAUCAUGUAAGCCGGCAGCGGCGGAGGAGCUUUAAAAAGGCCGGUAUCAUUGCAGCACCUGGCGGCGUAGGGAUGCGGCUGCGGGAGGCCGCGGGAGGCGCUGUCGUCGCCAGCGAGGGCGGCGCGCUCGGCGAGUUGAGAAGGAAAAGCAGUGCUAAGCAGGAGGUGGGCAUCAACUCAUUUAUCGAAAUCGCCAACGUCACUGUCAAGUACGCAAGAGUAUCGAAGAAAGUGGAGGUUAAUGCCGUGAUCAGGGUGAACAAAACCUUCGGUUCCAGUCCGGCUUUGGAAAUCUACGUCAGUGCUGUGGACGAGAACUCACGCUCGUGCAACCUCAGCGCUUCGCCGGAAGAGCUGAAUCUCUGCGAUGGAACAACGCGUACAGAAAAAAAGCUGACCUCUGAAUGGAACAACGAGUGCCCCAUAGAAGCAGGUACCUACAACGGUGAGCUGUCAUUCAAGGUUCGACCCUCCAGAACGGCCAAGUCUUGCCUAAAGGACAACCCUCUACUUGUCACGUUGAAAAUUAGGGACGAAGGCACCAUUCUGGAUUGCGUGUCUUUCCAUGUCACCACUCAUCGCUAGUGAAGAAACCUUUUGAAAUAUGGAAAUGGCUAUUACUUCAAUCCAAAAAGAGUGCUCAAGACUAUUCAAGUAUGCUGACGUAGAUGUUUUCACACUUCGGCUCCACACUGAUAAACGAUUUCUGAGAAGGUCGGAUGAUUGAUUUUGUUCAAACCUACUGAAAGAUGCGAAUAAAGAAAAGCUGAGACUAUAAGA